AGCAUCUUUUUUGUCAUCUAAAUUAAAACUUGUGCUGUUGGUGCUUUAAAUGCUGCUGCUGAUUAAUUCUUUUGAGAAAAUGUCCAGAUUUUUAGGCAUUUUAAGGUAUUAAAAAUCAAAAAUCUUUUUUAAUAAACAAAUACAAAAAAUGUUGAAAGUUCUUCAACGUCCGCAAAGUAGUACGAUAAAACCACAAAAGUGACAUUAACGCAGAAACCCCGUGUGAUAGCAGUAGCGCAAGAGUGAUAGUUAACAGGCAGAACUUAGUGGAUUUGGUUUAGGAGAGAAAAGGCCAAAAAAUGAAGUUAGUUAACAAGAAUAUGGAUAAAGGCGGUCAAGGUUCGGUGGUCUUGGUACCCGAAGAAUCUGAGGACAUGUGGCAUGCUUAUAAUUUGAUAUCCGAAGGUGAUAGUGUUCGCAGCACCACCAUACGUAAGGUGCAAAAUGAAACAGCCACUGGUUCUAGUACCAGCAGUCGUGUGCGCACCACUUUAACUAUUACCGUCGAAUCCAUAGAUUUCGAUACUCAGGCUUGUGUUUUACGUCUGAAAGGACGUAAUAUCGAGGAAAAUCAAUAUGUUAAAAUGGGUGCCUAUCACACUUUAGACUUGGAGUUGAAUCGUAAGUUUGAAUUACGUAAACCGGAAUGGGAUUCCAUAGCUUUAGAACGCAUCGACAUGGCAUGCGAUCCAACACAAUCGGCUGACGUGGCUGCUGUGGUCAUGCAGGAGGGCUUGGCCCAUGUUUGUCUGAUAACACCGAGUAUGACCUUGGUACGUAGUAAAAUUGAAGUAAAUAUACCCCGCAAACGAAAAGGCAGCGUCCAGCAGCACGAAAAGGGUCUAGCCAAAUUUUAUGAAAGUGUUAUGCAAGGCAUUUUGAGGCAUGUGAAUUUCGAGGUGGUUAAAUGUGUGCUCCUAGCAUCGCCUGGUUUUGUCAGGGACCAAUUUUUUGAGUAUAUGUAUCAACAGGCUGUUAAAUCCGAUAUAAAGGUGUUGCUGGACAACAAAAGUAAAUUUAUGCUCGUGCACUCCUCAUCCGGCUUCAAGCAUUCCCUCAAAGAAGUCCUGCAAGAGCCAGCGGUAAUGUCGAAAAUAUCCGACACCAAGGCCGCCGGCGAGGUAAAAGCUUUAGAACAAUUCUAUACAAUGUUGCAGUGUGAGCCUGCAAAGGCAUUUUAUGGCAAAAAACAUAUACUUAUGGCUGCUGAUAGUAUGGCUAUAGAGACUUUACUCAUCUCCGAUAAUCUCUUCCGUUGCCAAGACGUCCAUCAACGCAAGGAAUACGUACAACUAGUAGAGAAUGUACGUGAUGCGGGCGGUGAUGUGAAAAUAUUCUCCAGUAUGCAUAUAUCUGGAGAACAAUUGGCUCAACUGACAGGCAUAGCGGCUUUGUUACGCUUUCCUAUGCCCGAACUGGAAGAGGACUCAGACGACAAUGGUGCAGCUGACUCAGAUUCGGAUUAAGGAACACGAGUACGAGUGCUUUACUUAAUAAGUGCUGUAAAAUAAUUUAAAUAAGAGAUAUUUUUUCUAUUCUAAGUUUAUAUAAACUCGCAUAAACGUACAUUAGUUGCAGGUUUUUAUAUACAUAAACAAUUUUUUUUAGCUAUUAACAAUAUUUAAAAUUAAAAAAAGUAAAUUUAUACACAUUCAUAAAUAAAGAACAAUGAAAUAAAUUAACAAUCAAAAGCCGAAAUAAA